GCCUUUCUUGAGAGCAUCUCUGGGAGGCAGCUCACCAUGGCCAACUCCAGCCACAUCCAGUCGGCUGCCUCCAAGAGCAUCCGCCCGUUCCGCUCCAGCGAGGAGUACCUGGAGGCCAUGAAGGAGGACCUGGCCGAGUGGUUCAACACCCUCUACGACCUGGACAUCCAGGUGGACACCUUCCUGGAGAGCCUGGAGACGGGCUGCCACCUCUGCCGCCACGCCAACAACGUCAACCGCACCGCCCUGGACUUCCAGGAGCGGCACCCGGAGGCGGCCGCCUGCAUGCGGGUGCCCCAGAACGAGGUGGUCUUCCAGGCCAAGAACGUGGUGCCCGGCUCCUUCAUCGCCAGGGAUAACGUCUCCAACUUCAUCCAGUGGUGCCGGCAGGACCUGGGCAUCCAGGACGUCCUCAUGUUCGAGACCAACGACUUGGUGCUGAAGAAGAACGAGAAGAACUUUGUCCUCUGCCUGCUGGAGGUGGCCAGGAGGGGCUCCAAGUUCGGGAUGCUGGCGCCCAUGCUGAUCCAGAUGGAGGAGGAGAUCGAGGAGGAGAUGAGGGACCAAAUGGGCGACGGCGCGCUGGGCACGCGCCGGGAGAGCCGAGACCUCCGGGCGGGCGCCUUCCCCAGCCGGGCCCGGCCCAUCACCCUCUGCGACCUCAAGAACCUGGACGAGCUGGUGCGGGAGAUCCUGGGCUGCUGCUCCUGCCCCUCGCAAUUCCCCAUGGUCAAGGUGUCCGAGGGGAAGUACAAAGUGGGAGACUCCAACACGCUCAUCUUCGUCCGAGUGCUGAGGAGCCACGUCAUGGUGCGCGUUGGUGGCGGCUGGGACACACUGGAACAUUACCUGGACAAGCACGACCCGUGUCGCUGUGCUGCCCUCUGUGAGUGCCCCCGGGACCCCCCACACCCCCACCCUGUGCCCCCCGCCUUGGCACGCCCCGGGCGCGGCCCCGCUCCGCUGCUGCUCAUCCGCCGCCGCCCCGACGGGCAGCACUCGUGGGCACGGCCCGAGCCCCCCACUGCGCCCGCGGGGGCUCCCGGGGGGCGGCGGGACCCCCGGCCCGGCCCCGGGGACCCCGAGGAGCUGGCGCGGAGGCUGCGGGCCCCGCGCUGGCUGGAGCCCGGGCAGGAGCAGCGGCUGUUCCAGCGGCUGGAGGAGGAAUUCCUGGCCAACACGCGGCUGCUGGAGCAGCUGGGGGACACCGAGAGCCCCCCCGCGCCCCCCGCCACCGCCGACUCGGCCUAUUGCUCCUCGUCGUCCUCGUCUUCCUCCCUCAACGUGUUCGCCAAGCACGGGCUGCCCGCCGAGGACGGGCGGCGGAGCGGGAACAGCGACGGGAACAACAACAACGGGAAUAACGGGAACAACGACGGGCUGGGCCCCCCGACGCUGCCGUCCAACCCCUCCAUGGGGGACGUGAGGCGCCGCUCCACCCUCUCCAGCUCCUCCGACGAGAGCUGCUGCUUCCCGGCCUCCUGGGACAACCGGGAGACUCCCGGGAAUCCCGGCUCCGACACCGACUGGGCGCCCGGGGAGGACGAGCUGCUGGAGAUGGAGGAGACCCCCCUCGCCCCGGGGGUCUCCACGCCCCCGCGGCGGCCCUGGGCCAAGCCCCGGCUGGACACGCAGCCCCACAAGGCGCCGUCCCGGAUCCCCACCCCGCGGGGUUACGGGGUCGGGACCCCCCGGCCCCACAACGGCAGCCCCAAGGCCUGGGGGGCCCUGCAGAGCGUCUUCUCCUCCCUGCUGGAGCCCCCCUGGGCCCCGCGGGAGCGCGAGGGGCUGGAGGAGGACACGUGGCCGUGAGAGGUGGCCGUGGCACCCCUGGGGACAUCCCGGAGCGGCCACGGGAGGUGGCACCCGUGUGGAGACGUGAUGGACGUGGCCCGGGGGCGGGCAGGACGCCUUCACCCGGUGACUGUUGGCGGGGGGGUGGGCCCUGCGAGGAGCCCCCAGCCCCAGGCAGGCCCAGAGGGCCCCGGGUGUGCCCCCAGCUCCCGGGGAGCAGCUCCAUGGGGGUGGUGGUGUGGUCAUGGUGGAGGUGGCCAGAGCAGAACUGGCACCUGGGAACGGGGCUGGAGAGCCCCUGGCUCUGCUCAGCUGGGACUCUUCAUCUCUUCUCAUUCUUCUCAUCUUGUUUUCUCCUCCUCUUCGUGCUAUUCUUGUCAUCCUCCUCCUCAUCUUCUCAUGUUCUCUCAUAUUUCUACUCCUGUUUUGGUCGCCUUCUCCCUACUCUUGUCUUCUCCUCCGUGGCCUUUGUGUCCUUCUCAUCAUCACCUUCUCUUCUUGACCUUGUCCUCCUCUUGUCUUCUCUUCUUGGCCUUCUUGUCCCCUUGUCAUCAUCACCUUCUUGGUCACCUCCCGCCUCUCUUCUCUCCCUCCUCUUCCCUCCACCCCUAAGAUGACUUGGGGACGUGCAGCUUGUCACCACAACCCGGAUUUGAGGUCGGGAGGGGGUCACUGUGUCCCCUCCGGCCCCAGCACUGCUGGGGUGAUGUCCCCAGGGUGGGACAGGGCUGUGCCCCCCGUGGCCCCCACCCCUCGGGCCCUGCAUGUCCCCCCAAGCCAGUAAAGACCGAGGGAGCUGCGCCCACCGCGUCCGCUCGUCUGUCUGGGGGGUCAGACCCCCCAAACCCAAGGGAGGGGGCUCUGGGGGCCCCAGG